AUGAUGAUGAUAAUUGCGUUCGAGAGCCUCGGGGGAAAAGUGAACACCCUGGCCAAGGCUCUGUACGACAACAAGGCUGAGUGCUCAGAUGAGUUGGCUUUCCGCAAGGGAGACAUCCUGACAGUGCUGGACCAAAACAUCAUCGGCAGUGAGGGCUGGUGGAAGUGCUCCCUCCAUGGCAGGCAGGGCCUGGCCCCUGCCAACCGCCUGCAGCUCCUCUCUGCCUCUCCAGCUGUGCUGCUGCUUCCUUCCACCCGCAGCGACCCCGCAGAGCUGCCAACCAGCCAACAAAACAUCUACCAGGUGCCCUCUGGCCCCAAGAACACCGUGUCGUCCACCUAUGAGAAGAUGGAAGGGUGGGUUAAAUCUCCAGCUAGGGUGUCUGCCACACCUGCCCAAGCAAUAUAUCAAGUGCCAGCCUUGGCUGCACAGCUGCUCAGUGAAAGGACCAAAAGCUUGAAAAACCAGCACCUGUUUACCCUCCCAAGAGCAUCUCGUGCUUCAGCCCCAAACAUCAGGACUGAGGUGUAUGAUGUUCCCUCCACGCAGCGCCGGGAGUCCCUGCUCACCCAGAGUGGUGCCACUCCACCCACGGCACGGAAGGGCUCUGUGCUGGUCAGAUCCAUGGAGAGCUUCCAGGCAGAGCAGAAGCAGCUGUACAACAUCCCAUCCAGCCCAGAUAAGGCAGGAGCUGGUAUCCAGAAGCACUCACCAGUGGGAAUUUUAUAUGAUGUCCCUCCCAAAAGAGAAGUUGAUGUUUCAGAAAAUAAACCUCAAAAGAAGUGUUGGGGCCAUUACAACACUUUGCCAAAUCCUCGAAAGUCAGAGUGGAUUUAUGACAUUCCAGUAUCACCUGAAAAAUCAAGAUCAAACCAAAAUCCUUCUGGGCAUUCCCUGGAGAACCAGGUGCUGUAUGAUAUACCUCCAGCCAGGUACAAGGGACUAACAACAAAUCCUGAAGCUAAAGGUGUAAAUCCACAGUUAUAUGAUAUUCCACCAACACAAAGGAAAUUAACAUUCCCGGAUCUCCACCUUUAUGAUGUUCCAUCCUCACGGGAUGUGCUCCUUUUGCCACAGAAUGGUAGCUGUGAAGCACCCCCAAGUCUUACAGCUCCAAAGGCUGAGAAUCAGAUCUCUGAAGAGAAUGUUUAUGACAUCCCAAAAGGUUUGCCCACCACUGGGCACUCCAAGAAAGAGAUGGAUAACAACAGGGAUAGCUCUGAAGACCAAGCUCAUGGUGCUGCUCCACAGCUCUCAAGAGUUGCCAGAUUAGAACAAGACAACUUGUCUGCUUCUGGUGUGGACAGCAGAAGCAGCACACACUCCACCUCCUCCAGCUCUUCUCCUGAGUCGUUUUCUGUGUCAUCACCAGCAGAAGAUCCUGUCAAAGGAAUCAAACUGGACCUCGAGGUGGCCAUAGAGACACUGACCAGGUUGCAGCACAGUGUGUCCAGCUCAGUUGCAAGUUUAAUGAUCUUUGUGAGCAGCAAGUGGAGGUUACAGGAACACCUGGAGAAAAGCCUUGAAGAAAUCCACAGAGCAGUUGACCACAUAAAGGUAUCGCUGGGAGAAUUUCUGACCUUCGCUCAAGUCAUUAAGGGCAAUGCCUCUUCCCUCACAGAUAACAACCUGCAGAGCAGGAUUAUAAAGCAGCUAGAAAUUCUUGUGAACUCCUUCCAAAUAUUAACAGAAACAAGAGAGGCACUAAACCACUGCAACUGGUCCCUGGAGGCUUUGGUGCUCAGGAAGCCCCAGAGCAGCCCAGAUGACCUCGAUCGCUUUGUUAUGGUCGCUCGCACGAUCCCAGACGACAUCAAGAGGUUUGUGUCCAUCAUCAUUGCCAAUGGAAAGCUGCUCUUCAGGAAGUAUGAGAAGGAACAAGAGGAGAAACAAGCAAAAGUGAACCCAGAGUACAAACUGGCAAAGCAAAUCUCAUUGCCAAGGAGAAUAGAAAUAGAGUCAACGCAGAGAAAUGUUCCUAAUAAACUCAGCCUGAGUCAGGUCCUUUCUGAGAGACAGGAAGAAAAUGCCACUGAGGACAGUGAUUAUGUCCAGUUGCAGGUUCUGCCAUCUGCAAAAAAGACUGGAAUUCCCAGCCAGCAGGACUGUGCCAAGAAAAUCCCUCUGCCAGAGCACUGCAAGCUGUGCUUUGCUGCACUCCACAAGGCAAUUGGGGUGUUCACUAACAGCCUGAACCACAAUCAGCCUCCUGAGGUCUUCAUAUCCCACAGCAAACUCAUCAUCAUGGUGGGGCAGAAGUUAGUGGAUUCUCUCUGCCAGGAAACCCAGGAAAGAGAGGCCAGGAAUGAUGUUCUCCACAGCAGCAGCAGGUUCUGCAGCCUCCUGAAGAGCUUGGCUCUAGCCACCAAAAAUGCUGCAAUACAAUAUCCCAGUGCAGAUGCCACGAGGGAACUUCAGGCUCAAGCCCAGGAGCUGUGUCAGUACAUACAGCAGUUCAGGGCAAUGAUGGAAUGA